CCGCAACAGCAACAGCGACAGCAGCAGCAACAACAACAGCAGCAGCAGCGUCGCCAACAAAUGCUGGGGUCGUCGUUGCAAGCAGCAGCAACAGCAGCGUGGUUGCAAGCACAAACCCCUUUGCUGCCGUUGAGCCCAAAGUUGUAGUCGAGGCUGUUGCAGGCGAAGAUGUUGCAAUGCUAAAGACGGCAAUUGAAAUGGAAACGCCUGGCGCGAGUAGUAACAAUGCAACUGUUCCAGCAGCGGCAGCGCCUGUGGCGGCGCCGCCAGUGAAGCAAAAGAAGACAGUGACGUUCAAGAACAUACUGGAGACCAGCGAUGACAAGUCGGUGGUCAAGCGUUUCUACAAUCCGGACAAUCGCAUGCCGCUCGUGUCUAUAAUGAAAAAGGAUAGUUUGAAUCGAGCGGCAAACUAUUGUCGCGGCAGCGAGUUUAUAGUGCGUCCCUCCAUACUCUCCAAGAUACUCAACAAGAGCUCUAACAUUGAUAAGCUCAAGUCGCUCAAGUUUCGCUCGGCACCGGCAACAGCAACUGCCAACGAAGGCGCCGCCAGCAGCAGCAGCAGCAGUAGCAGCACAAGUCUGUUUGGCACUGGAUUAUCGCGUGCCUUUGGUGCACCGCUGCUAGAUGAAGCGGCGGACACGGGUGGUGUCACCUUUUGUAAGCAGACAGCAGCAGCAGCAGCAGCGGCUGAUGGUGCCAGCAGCGAUGACGCUGAUGAUGAUGAGGAGGACAAUGAGGACGAUGAUGAUGAAGAUGAGCUGUCUAGCAAAGACGAGCAGGAUGCAGCAGCCGAUGAGCCUGAGCAGGAUGAACGGCAAAUGGUCGUGGACAAGCAUUUUGUGCUGCCCAAGCGCAGCACGCGCAGCUCACGCAUUAUCAAGCCCAACAAGCGGCUCAUUGAGGACGGCAGCAUUAGCAGCAAGAAAAACAUAACCAACAACAACAACAACAACAACUGUGAUGCAAGCGGCGCCAAAGCCGCCGCCAAGCCCAAGAAUUACUUUGGCUUGGGUGACUUUGGUGCUGAAUCCUCAGCGCCCAGUUUAAAGCUGCAGCAGGAGAGUUUUCCCAGCUUUGGCAGCUUGAAGUUAAACAGCAGCUCCAUGGGCUUUGUGCUGCGCCAGCCACGUUUACAAUUUCAAACAGAUAAGAGUGCCACAUUUGGGGGCGUUGCCAAAACGCUGGCGGCGUCUGCGCUCUCGCCUACAGCCAACUCCAGUGCCAUAAGCUUUGGCGCGCUGCCCAGUCUCAGUGCAGCAGCUGCCGCCAGCACAGCUUGCGCCAUUUGUGGCACGUUGCUGAGCAAUAAGGAUGCACCACAGGCGCGCAAGUAUGGCGUGCUGGUCUGCGAUGUUUGCCGCAAGUUCGUCUCCAAGAUGAGCAAGCUAACCAAGAAGACGCUCGCCAGCUCCACGCCCAAUGCGGCUCCACAGCUGCAAUGCAAAGCGGCCGAAGCUGGCAGCUGCAGCGUCUCUGCGCCCAAAAGUCAAUUGAAGAACUUUAAGAAACUGUACAAGGAACGCUGCCUGGCUUGUUGGCUUAAGAAAUGUCUGACUGCGCUGCAGUUGCCCAAUGGGCAUCGCAGUAGAAUAAACACGCUGCUGCCUGCAAAUAUGCAAGAGGAUGCGGCAACAGCAGCAGCAGCAGCCAAGGAUGAAAAAGUUGCCACGGAGCUGCUUUCACCCACGGCCAGUUUGCGUUUUGCUACGCCAGCAAGCAGCAGCUCAACAGCAACUGCUGCUAGUGCGAGCACUUCAGCUAUUAAGUGGAAGUCAAGCGCCGAGACUGCAGUUAAUUCGAUAAAAGCGAAUCCGCUGGCGGAGAACAAUGUCACAUUUGGCAGCAUGCCGCUCUUAAGACCAGCGAUACUGGAGAAGCCUUUGUUUCUUAAAAUUGGCAGCGAACCAAAGCUGGCGGCAGCAGCAGCUGUUGAGACUGCUGUGGGUCUAAGUCCUGUGCCCAGCACCAGUGAAGCAGCCAAAGUGACGACGCGCAAGUUGAAGCAGGAGAAGGAUAAAGAAAAGACCAAGCCAGAGCCUGAAUGCGAAAAGCCACUCAGUCCGGCAGCAAAGAAGGAGACGCCAGCAACAACAACAGCAGCAGCAGCAGCAACAGCUGAGAAGGAGGCACAGCCUGUAGCAGCAACAAUUGCUGCAACAACAACAGCAGCAGCAACAACAGAGGCAGUGGAUGUUGCUACAGAUGCAGCUGCGCCCGAUAAUCUUAAGCGACAACGCAUUGAUCUGAAGGGUCCACGCGUUAAGCAUGUUUGCCGCAGUGCGUCCAUUGUGCUGGGCCAGCCACUUGCUACAUUUGGCGACGAGGAAGCUGCUGAGACAGCAAGCGAAACAAGUAAGCCCAAAUCUCCCGAACCCGCCGCCAAACUGCUUAUCGAUGAGAAUGACAACUGUGCCACAUGCAAAGCGCCGCAGCUGCAGCCAACGCCUGUUGCAGCUGCAGCGCCUGCAACAGAGUUGCCCAGCAAACCAGCAACUGCGCCAACAGAAGCUAAAAAGACUGUGUCCAAGGGCAAGCUAAACACGCGACAGGCAACAGCAGCAACCACAACCAGCAGCAGCAGCGGCAGCAGCAGCAACACGUUGCUGGCCAGCAAAAAGCCACGUGGCCAGCUGGAAAGCAGCAGCAACAUGCAACUUACAGCUGCCACGCAGAAUCGUCGUGCGCUCGCCAAGGAGCUAAAUCGCAAGAAGUCCUUGAUAAGCAUCGAUUUCUGGGAGAACUACGAUCCGGCUGAGGUCUGCCAAACGGGCUUCGGUCUAAUUGUCACCGAGACUGUAGCGCAGCGUGCCUUGUGCUUUCUCUGCGGCUCCACGGGCCUGGAUGCGCUCAUCUUUUGCGCCUGCUGCUGUGAGCCGUAUCAUCAGUAUUGCGUGCUGGACGAAUAUAAUCUAAAGCAGAGCAGCUUCGAGGACACGCUGCUGGAUAGUAGCAUAAGCAAUGGUCUCGCUCUAAGCACCAGCAACAAUACAGCGCUGAAUCGCCUAAAUUGGCUGUGUCCGCGCUGCACCGUUUGCUACACUUGCAACAUGUCCUCGGGCUCGAAGGUCAAGUGCCAAAAGUGCCAGAAAAAUUAUCACAGCACAUGUCUGGGCACCAGCAAGCGGCUGCUUGGAGCCGAUCGUCCGCUUAUAUGUGUGAAUUGCCUGAAGUGCAAAUCUUGCGCCACCACCAAAGUGUCCAAAUUUGUAGGGAAUCUGCCCAUGUGCACCGCCUGCUUUAAGCUGCGCAAGAAGGGCAACUACUGUCCCAUUUGCCAGCGCUGCUACGACGACAAUGACUUUGAUCUGAAGAUGAUGGAGUGCGGCGACUGUCGCCAGUGGGUGCACUCCAAGUGCGAGGGCCUCAGCGAUGAGCAAUACAAUCUGCUGAGCACGCUGCCCGAGUCCAUUGAGUUCAUAUGCAAAAAGUGCGCGCGACGCUGCGAAGUGUCGCAGGCCAAGGCGCUGGAGUGGCGCCAAGCGGUCAUGGAGGAGUUCAAGGCGAGUCUGUACAGCGUGCUGAAGCUGCUGAGCAAAUCGCGUCAAGCUUGCGCGCUGCUCAAGCUCAGUCCACGCAAAAAGCUGCGCUGCAACUGCGCCGCCAGCAGAGUCAAGCUGCAGCCCAAGCAGCUGCAGUUCAGCAACAACAAUUACCAGCAACUGGGCAGCGAUGGCGAAUCGCAGCAUAGUCUGGACAUUUACGAGUUCAAGGAGCAGUGCAAAUCAAAGGCGACUGCCGCCAGUGCAUGCAACUGCAACAUGCAGCAGCAGCAGCAGCAGCAGCCACUAACGCAAACGGCGCAGUCAACGCAUUUUAGUCUCGUCGACAUUAAGCAGAAGAUAGCGAACAAUGCUUAUGUCUCGCUGGCGGAGUUCAACUAUGAUAUGAGCCAAGUGCUGCAGCAGAGCAACUGCGAUGAGCUGGACAUUGCCUACAAGGAGCUGCUGAGCGAGCAGUUUCCUUGGUUUCAAAACGAAACCAAAGCAUGCACCGAUGCGCUGGAGGAGGAUAUGUUUGAAUCCUGCAGCUACGAGCAGCUGGAACAUCAGCCCUCAAGCUUUGCCGACCAGCAGCAGCAGCAACAGCAACAGCAACAGCAGCAGCAGCAGCAGCUGCAUCACACGCAAACGCAAAGUCGCAACAGUUUGCUGGACAUACCGCUGGAGGAGCUGGAGCAGUUGGCGGGCUGUGCGCUCAAGACGCGUCUCGAUGCGCGCGUUUGUCUGUUCUGCCGCAAAAGCGGCGAAGGCUUGUCCGGCGAGGAGGCGCGUCUGCUCUACUGCGGCCACGACUGCUGGGUGCACACCAAUUGCGCCAUGUGGAGCGCCGAGGUCUUCGAGGAAAUCGACGGCAGCCUGCAGAAUGUGCACAGCGCUGUGGCGCGUGGCCGCAUGAUCAAGUGCACGGUGUGCAACCAGCGUGGCGCCACCGUCGGCUGCAAUGUCAAGGCCUGUGGCGAGCAUUAUCAUUAUCCAUGUGCGCGCAGCAUUGACUGCGCCUUUCUCAGCGACAAGAGCAUGUAUUGCCCGGCGCAUGCGCAUCAGGCGGCCAAAUCCUCGCCAGGCGUCAGCUACGAGUCCAACUUUGAGGUAGCGCGUCCCGUCUACGUGGAGCUGGAUCGCAAGCGCAAGAAGCUGUUGGAGCCCAGCAAGGUGCAGUUUCACAUUGGUGCACUGGAGGUCAGACAACUGGGCGCCAUUGUGCCGCGCUUCUCGGACAACUUUGAAGCGCUGGUGCCCAUCAACUAUUUGUGCAGUCGCUUGUAUUGGUCCUCGAAGGAGCCCUGGAAGAUUGUCGAGUAUACAGUGCGCACCAGCAUACAGCACAGCUUGAGCAGCACGCUCAGCUUGGAUGCGGGUCGCAACUUUACCGUGGAUCACAGCAAUCCGAACAGUUCGCUGGUGCAGCUGGGCUUGGCCCAAAUCUCGCGCUGGCAUCACAGCCUGGCGCGCUCCGAUCUGCUGGACACGGACUGGUGCGAGCUGCCGCAGGAUGAGAACACCGAGGAGGAGCCGCAGCAGCAGCCAGAUCUGUUGCCGCCAGAGAUUAAGGAUGCAAUAUUCGAGGAUUUGCCGCACGAGCUGCUCGACGGCAUUUCGAUGCUGGACAUUUUUAUGUACGAGGAUUUGGGUGACAAGACUGAACUAUUUAACAUGGACAAUGCCAACGCCGCCACCGGCACCGGCAGCGGCAUCAGCAGCUGCGAUGAGGAUACGCGCAACUCCAGCAGCUGCAGCAAGCAGCAGCUCGACAUUAACUGCUGGCCGGCAAGCAAUCCAGUGGAGGAUGCGCUGCUCUCAGCGGCGCGCAGCAAGAAAAGCGCGCAGGCGCAAGCGCAAACGCGCGCCUGGAACAAGCUCGACGGCAGCAGCAUGGCGGCGAUCAAACGUCGCAAGUUGUCCAAGAAUCUAACCGAGAAUGUGCUGCUCAGUCUGAAUCAGCAGCGCAGCAAAAAGGAAAUGGCCAGCGUGCCAGGCAUAACCAGACGCCAAUCCAACAGCGCCGAGGCAGCCAACUUCACCUGGAGCGCAGCCAAGCGCUACUUUGAAAAGAACGACAGUCGUGAACUGAAGAUUAUGCAAAUGGAUGGCGUGGAUGAUUCCAUAACCGAAUAUCGCAUCGAUCCGGGACAGUUUACGGGUCAGGUGAAGUGCGAGCGCUGCCAGUGCACCUAUCGCAACUACGAUUGCUAUCAGCGCCAUGUGCCCAACUGCGAGCCGACGCUGCUCAGCAACGACAGCGCCGAGCCCGACAACCAGCAAUUGAAUGCCGACGCUUUCAACGAGCUGCAGAAGCAAGCGCUGGCCGCAGCAACGCUCAACAAUGCCAAUGGCUUGAACUACAUGCAAACGAGUUUCCCACAAGUGCAGAAUCUGGGAAGUCUAGCGCAGUUCGGCGUGCCGCUGCAGCUGCAGCCACAAAGCCUUGGCAAUGGUUUCUUCCUCACACAGCAGCAACCAACUGCGGCGGCGAGCAACAGCGCAGCCAAUGAUGAACUGCAGCUUUACGCUAGUCUAGCUAGUCAACUGGGCGCUAGCUUUACACUAGCGCAGCCACAAGCGGCGCCAGCGCAGGUGCAGCCACAGCUCAUAGCGCUGUCCACCAACGCCGAUGGCACGCAGCAGUUUAUACAAUUGCCGCAGAGCAAUGCAGCAACAGCAACAGCAACACAGCUGCUGAGCAGCAAUCAGGCGCCGGCCAGCGCUUAUCAAACGCUGCAGGCAACAAACAGUGAUAAGAAAAUUGUGCUGCCGCUGCGUGGCAACAACAAGCCGCUCAAAACGGUGGCAACCAAAGCAGCGCAGCAAGCAACAGCAGCAGCCAAGCAGAAGCAGCUCAAAAGCGCAGCUGGCGUCAAGCCAAUACAAGCAAAGCUGCAACCACAACAGCAGCAGCAGCAACACCAGCAGCAGCACCAGCAGCAGCAGCAGCAACAUCAUGCACCCAUUACAGUUAAUGGCGCACAGCUGUUGGGGCAGAAUCUGUUGCAGCCACAGCUGCUGUUCCAGAGCAAUGCCACAGCGCAGGCGCCACAGCUGCUGCUGCCGCAGACACAAGCGCAAAACAUCAUCAGCUUUGUCACUGGCGACGGCAGUCAGGCUCAGCCGCUGCAGUACAUCUCCAUACCCACGGGCAAUGAGUACAAGCCGCAGCAGCAAGCAGCAACACCAACGUUUCUUACAACAACUGGUGGCGCUGCUGGCGCCACCUUUCUGCAAACCGAUGCCAGCGGCAAUCUUAUGCUAACCACCACGCCAGGCAAUGCGGGACUGCAGAUGCUGGCGCAGCCACAAGUCAUUGGCACGCUGAUACAGCCGCAGACGCUGCAGCUGGACGGCAGUCAGGGCGGCAAUGCAGCACAGCAAUCGUUGAUCCUCGGCAGCACCACUGGCGGCGGCGCCACCGGACUGGAGUUUGCUACAGCAGCAGCGCCGCAGGUUAUACUCGCCACCCAGCCCAUGUACUACGGCCUGGAGACAAUUGUGCAGAACACAGUGAUGUCCUCGCAGCAAUUUGUGUCCACUGCCAUGCCCGGCGUGCUCAGCCAGAAUGCCAGUUUCUCGGCCACCACAACGCAAGUGUUCCAGGCCAGCAAAAUUGAGCCCAUUGUGGAUCUGCCCGCUGGCUAUGUGGUGCUCAACAAUGCCGUCGACGCCGGCAGCAGCAGCAACAGCUUUCUGCUGCAGCAAAGUCAAACCCAAACGCAGACAACAGAUGAGGCCACCACGCAGCUGCUGCAGAACGCAGGCUUUCAGUUUCAAAGCGUGGCAACGCCGCAGCAGGCAACAACAACAACAACCACAACAACUGCAGCAACAACUGAUUACAGUGCGCCGCUGGUGGUGACAGCCAAGGUGCCGCCAGUAACGCAAAUGAAGCGUCAAGUGCCCGCGAGCAAGGCCAACAUCACAGUGUUGAGCAAGCCGCAGCAAAGUCAAGUGGUCAACAAAGUGCUGCCCAACAAUCUGGUGCAACAGCAGCAGCUGCAGCAGCAACAGCUGAAAACCGCCAAUGCUUUGAAGCUAAGCACGCCCUAUGCACGCGUUGGAACGCCAACUGGUGAGCUGAAGCACAAGCCCAUGGCUGGCAGCAGCGGUGGCGUGCCGCCCAGCAUUGCAUCCAAGCCGCUGCAGAAGCGCGCCAAUGCCAUCAGACCCAUGCACAAAGUGGAGGUGAAGCCAAAGCUUAUGAAGCAGCAGCAGCAGCAACAAGCAAAGCCAGCAGCAGCCAUGCCACAGCAACAGCAGCAAGCGCAGCAAUUGCAACCCAAAGUAAGUUUGCUGCAACAGCAGCAGCGUCUGCAGCUGCAGCAGCAGCAGGCACAGCAACAAGCGCUGCUACAAACAGCACAACUGCAGCAGCAACAGCUACAGCAGCAACAACAACUGCAGCAGCAGCAGCAGCAGCAGCAACAACAACAGCAAGCGCAGCAGCAACAGCAGCUGGCAGCAACAUUGCCGUUGCAGCUGCAGCUACCAACAGCAACACAACAGCUGCCACUCAUAAGCAUCAGCAAUGUUAGUGCAGAGCCCGCCGCAGCGCAGUUCAUAACACAAACGCAACCAGUGCAGCUGCAACUGCUGGAGCAGCAACCAACAGCAGCACAAGUAGACAACAGCAAUCGCUUGCAGCAUUAUGUCAGCAACACGCUGCCCACCAAUGUUGUUAAUCCGCUGCAGCAGCAGCCACAAACUGUCAGCACCACAGUGGCUACAAACAGUCGUCCGACCAAUCGUGUGCUGCCCAUGCAACAGCGACAGGAGCCAACGCAUCUUGCCAGCGAUGUGGUGCUGCAAUCGCCAACACCCCCCAAGCCCAGCACAGAGCCAACGCUGCCCAGCAGCAACGUUGCAGUGAAUGCAAAGGCAACGCGCAAAUGUUAUGAACAAAAGUCGUCGCCCAGCUAUGAGCAGGAGCUUAAGGAAAAUAAUCUGACGCCAGCAGCAGCCAUUAGCAGCGUGUUGCAGUUGCCAACGCAAACGCAGCAAGUUUAUCAGGAAACGCUUUUCGAGAAGCAGCCAACGCUCAAGCAAACCGAACUAAUGCUCAUCGAUGCCGCCAACUGUCAUCAGCAGAACGAGCAGCAGCAGCAGCAACAACUGGAGCUGGUCGCUAAUAACUUUCAGCUGUCAAGCAAUGAGGAGCAGUGUCUGCUGCAGAAACAGGAUUAUCAGCUGGAUGUGCCCAUGGACACAGCCGAGUCGUAUGGCAGCCUUAAGGCCGACAUUGCCGACGACGUUGAUGCUGAUGAGGAUGACGAUGAUGACUUUAGUCUUAACAUGGCCAGCUCGGCUUGCAAUGAGCAUGACAUGUCCGACAGCGAGGAGCCUGCAGUUAAGGAUAAAAUCAGCAAAAUCCUUGAUAAUCUUACGAAUGAUGAUUGCGGCGAUUCAAUUGUCACUGCCAGCACUGUGGAGGCCAAUGCGGGCUAUCAGCAAAUGGUGGAGGAUGUGCUGGCCACCACAGCGGCCACAGCUAAUCCCACAGCAGAGGAAACCGCCGCAGUUGAAGCCGCUGCUAGCUACAUUAAUGAAAUGGCCGAGGCGCAUGAGCUGCAGCUGAAGCAACUGCAAGCAGGCGUGGAGCUGGAGCUAAAGAAACCCAAGCUAGCGCUGGAGCUGGAGCCGACUGUUAAUCAUGCGCUGCCUACAGCGGCGGCACCACAGCAGCCGCCUGUGCCACGUGAUCCGAAGAAAAUAAGCGGACCACAUUUGCUGUAUGAAAUACAAAGCGAGGAUGGCUUCACCUACAAGUCCAGCUCCAUAGCAGAGAUCUGGGAGAAGGUCUUUGAGGCGGUGCAGGUGGCGCGACGUGCGCACGGACUGACGCCGCUGCCGGAGGGUCCGCUGGCGGACAUGAGCGGCGUGCAAAUGAUUGGACUGAAGACCAAUGCGCUCAAGUAUUUGAUAGAGCAGCUGCCGGGCGUGGAAAAGUGCGUCAAGUAUACGCCCAAGUAUCACAAUCGCAGUGCGCAAGCGAACACGCCGGCUGCGCUGGCAGCUGGUGCUAGUGGCGCUGCAGGCCACAACGAUGGCCACAACGGACUGCUGGACUACAACUCGGAUCAGGAGGAUUUGCUGGAGAAUGACUAUGACUGUGCGCGUUGCGAACCGUAUGCCUCACGCUCCGAAUACGACAUGUUCAGCUGGCUGGCCUCCAGACAUCGCAAGCAGCCCAUACAGGUGUUUGUCCAGCCGUCCGACAACGAACUGGUGCCCAGACGCGGCACUGGCAGCAAUCUGCCCAUGGCAAUGAAGUAUCGCACACUGAAGGAGACCUACAAGGAUUAUGUGGGCGUAUUCCGCUCGCAUAUACACGGACGCGGUCUCUACUGCACCAAGGACAUUGAAUCGGGCGAAAUGGUUAUCGAAUACGCCGGCGAGCUUAUACGCUCCACAUUGACGGACAAGCGUGAGCGCUAUUACGAUAGUCGCGGCAUUGGCUGCUAUAUGUUCAAGAUUGACGAUAAUCUGGUAGUGGAUGCCACCAUGCGUGGCAAUGCGGCGCGCUUUAUCAAUCACAGCUGUGAGCCGAACUGCUACUCGAAGGUCGUCGAUAUACUUGGCCAUAAGCACAUUAUCAUCUUUGCUCUGCGUCGCAUUGUGCAGGGCGAGGAGCUCACCUAUGACUACAAGUUUCCAUUCGAGGAUGAGAAGAUACCCUGUUCCUGCGGCUCGAAGCGCUGCCGCAAGUACUUAAACUAGACUUAACGUGAGCUGGGCAAGCAAUUAGGCCCAGGCACAACAUACUCAAUGUGUAAAUCAGGCAGCCAGAUCGGAUCUGAGAUCAGCGGAGUUACAAUUAUAGUACAUAUGUGUAGUUAACGGUUAUUUCGAUCUUAAUUUUGGUCAAUCGUGAUACAAGUACAUUUUAGAGCCUAAUAUUAGAGACAUAAGAGUUAAAGCGUUGAUAUUAUACUAUAUAUACAUAUAUGCUUAUGUCCUACACACACACACACACACACAUACACAUUAUAUACAUCGGUACAUACUUAUUGUGCAACGUGCUCAUAUAGCCCAUUGAUAUAUUAUAUAUAAAACUAUAUAUUAAAACUAUAAUUCGUAUACCAAGUUGAUGUAAAACUCGAUGCUUUUCAGUAUUCAGCGAUGAUGAACUUUUUUAAGUGUAUAUGAUAUAUGUAUUCAACUAAUAUACAUAUAUGUUAAAUCCACUAUAUUAAGGCUUGACAGAUUCUAUAUUAUUAACGCAAUUUAACACUAGGAAUGAGCAUGUUGCUAGCAAAACACAACAAAAACAAAAACAAACAAACAAUUAAAGCGAUCAAGAUAUAUAUGUAUAUGUUACUAAUAGCUAUGAGACGUUUUGGCCUAUUUAUCAAUUGAGUAUUAGAGGCCAAAGCGAUUUGUAAACUUUCAAUGAUUAUUUACAGGGGCUUGUGUUAGUUUUGUAAAUAUUUAGAGUGCUUGGCAGCGCGUUAGGUAAUGAAUUAAUUAAACAUUUUUAUAUUUAAGAUGAAAAACAAGAAAAACACACACACACACAACAAAUCUCUAAUGAUUGAAACAGAUGAAACUAUUUUAUGUAGAAAUUAUGCACACGCCUGCAAAUUGAGUAUUUACGUUUGUUGCAAUUGAAACUAAUUAACAAAUACUACUAUUACAAAUAAUAAUAAUUAAUUAAUCGCUGCAUAAUUCACAACACGAAUGAUUGCAGUUAAAAACGCAACUAAGCAUCACCCUUUGAAAUUAUUUUGUGAACAGACAACAACAACAAGUAUAACAACAAUUGCAUAUAUGUAUACAUAUAUUUAUUAACUUUCUUGCUUAGAAACAACAACAACAACAAUACUUUGAAUUGUAAAUUUGUCCAUUUUGUUUAAGUCUUGUGUUCCAAAUUGUAAGCUACUACUGUAUAUUUGUUAAUUUUAUAAACAAUUAUUUUGUCAUAUCACGUCAGCCUGCGAUUGCCGACCUAUUUUUUUAUAAGUACUAAUUAUUUAUUAAGCAGCUCCCCCCCCCACACCCCUCCUCCCACUUGUAUUCUGUUAGUUUUAUAAGUUUACAAAUUGGCGCGUUUUAUAUUUUUUGUAUUCGUAUCAAAGCUAACGUAUCUGUAUCUGUUGCAGACAGAGAAGAGAGUUCCAUAGCAUUUUUGGCAGCCAUUCAGACGCGUGCACAAUAUUUUUUUAUGUGCGCGACCGUCAAGGAAUUUUAUAUUUUUAUUCCCUAAAGAAAAAAACGGUUUAAUA